UUGGAGGAAAGUGACCAGAACUGCGCAGUAAACGGCUGUGAGGCGUUGCUACCGACUGUCUGCGUUUAAUAAACGCACAAUCCAAUUUAUAACACUUUAUUAAGUGUUCCAGCUAGUGGUUACGGAUGACAUACUUUUAAACAACAAGGUGCUAUUUUAAAAUAGUGUCAUCAUGAUGUCAGCGCCUUUGUUUUUAUUAACGAGAAGGUAGCAAGAUCGCAGUAGCAAUCAUGACUAUACUUGCGGAUAGUUUGGGUGCCAGACAGCUCAUGGGAAGCGAUCGACCGGGUGCUGUAACCCUAACAUGAUCUUACCUGUGGACAUUUAAACAGUUUUACGCGAUGGAAAGCGUCGGAAAAUUCGAGUUUAACCGGAAAGACUUGAUCGGACACGGCGCUUUCGCGGUGGUGUUCAGAGGAAGACAUACACAGAAACAUGAUUUUGAAGUCGCGGUGAAGUGCAUUAAUAAGAAAAAUCUUGCCAAAUCACAGUCGAUCUUAGGAAAGGAGAUAAAGAUAUUAAAGGAGCUGAAACAUGACAACAUCGUCAGUUUACUGGACUUUCAGGAAAUUUCGGGAUGUGUCUAUCUUGUCAUGGAGUACUGCAAUGGAGGAGACCUAGCAGAGUAUUUACUCUCUAAAGGAUCUCUAAGUGAAGAUACGAUCCGUGUGUUAUUGCAUCAGAUUGCGGGAGCCAUGAGUGUUUUAAGGAGUAAAGGCAUCAUCCACCGUGACCUGAAACCCCAAAACAUUCUCCUUUCCUACAGCAUGGGUCGCAGGUCCAACCCCAACAACAUCUGCAUCAAACUGGCUGAUUUUGGCUUCGCCCGAUAUCUGCAGGGUAACACAAUGGCUGCCACUCUCUGUGGCUCUCCAAUGUAUAUGGCUCCUGAGGUCAUCAUGUCACAGAAUUACGAUGCCAAAGCUGACCUGUGGAGUGUAGGGACCAUCACCUACCAAUGUUUGACUGGCAAAGCCCCUUUUCAGGCAAGUACUCCCCAGGAACUGCGGCAGUUCUAUGAAAGAAACCGGAGCCUGAGUCCAAAUAUUCCACGGGAAACCUCCAGUCAACUGCGGCACCUGCUGCUUGGGUUGCUGCAGAGGAACCACAGGGAACGCAUGGACUUUGAUGAGUUUUUCCACCACCCCUUCCUGGAGGCCAACACAUCCGUGAAGAAAUCCUCUCCGGUGCCUGUGCCCACCUAUCCCAGCUCCGGCUCAGGGAGUUCCAGCAGUGGUUCCUCAACCUCUCACCUCACUCCUACUCGGUCUGUCUCUGGAACUCCAAGGUCCCUCCCCCAAAUUAACACAAUGGCAUCUCCAGGAUUCCUGCCGAAAGACUCGUCUUCCUCUGAGUCCGAUGACUUCGUAAUGGUGCCUGCUCAGUUCACCAGUGACCUGUCGAAUGCAGGAGGCCAAGAUAGUGUGAUACAGAGCGAAAGUUCACUACUGGGUGUCACUGCUUGUGUAGGUCGAACUCCAUUAUCCUCACCAUCUCUCAAAAUCUCCCCUAGGCCUUCCAGGCGUGGGGAGUGCUGUGGCAGUAGUUACAGUCAGUCUGUUCCUGUUCCAGUGCCUACACAAAAACACAACUACCAAAGAAUGGAGCAGAACCUACAAGUGUCUGACAGGUCUGUACAUGACUGCAUGAGUGAAUUUACGGCAUGUGGGAUAACCGGGGCUUCACCUGAAACAGGAAGAGGAUUGUCUCAUCGUAGACACUCCACAGGAGGGUUCAGACCAUAUCUACACUCUCUACAGGUGGGAACAGUUCCUGAAACACUUAAUCAGCCUGAACCUACUGGCAGUAGAACCGGGUCACACGCCACAGAUGUGUGUCAUCGGCAGGUCUCUCCUCUCUUCACUGAUCUUACAGCCAUGGAAACAACCCUGACCAACAAAAACAGGAGCAGUCGACACAGUCCAGAAUCCAUUGUGCACAGAUGGGAUUUGUAUCAGCGGCCCAGUAGUGGUCCAGCUCCAUGUAUGGCACCUGUUCAGCGAGGUCUGAACGCCCGAACUAAGACCCUGUCUGACCUGAAGGAGUUGACACAGAGCCCAGCAUCAGGGCCCCGUGUGCCCCUUUUCAAGCAUGUGGAAAGAAGUGACACAGUCAAAAGGUCAUUAAGUACUGGUCGUCUCUCAGAUAAGCUGCUGAAGGCUGUGUUUGGACCUCAGAUAAACAGAGGCAGCUGUGAAGGCUUAAAUUCUGAGAAACCCAUGGACACAGCAGCACCCUCUGGUGGCAGUAAUGUCACAGAACAGGGGUCAGUCAGCCCUGGAGUUGUCUUCAUGUUGGGCACUCCUGAAUAUGGACACACGCCUCCUCACUCUGCUCGAACAAGACGCUUCUCAGUGGGCACUCCCAGUCCAACAACCCCUGGCUGGACCUACAGUAACUUGCACGAGGCAUAUGCCUCGCCUGACAGCCUGCGCUAUGGUUACACGGACGCCAUGGCAACAAACCUGUGUGGGGGUGUAGCUUUCGUUCCCCCUGAAUUGCCAGAGGAGACACUUAUGGAGGAGGGGCAUACAGACCUGUUGAGCCAACUGCGCUUCAUUCUAGCCUUUACCCACUGCAUCACUGAGGUCGCUGGAACAAAGGAUAGUGGAGUUGAGAGGAGUCUGGCACUUGAUGCUUCAUUCUUAGAGCAGAGCGUGGUGGCUGACCAGAUCAGCCAGCUGAGCCAUGAGUGGAGCUCUGCAGAGCAGCUGGUCCUCUAUAUGAAAUCUGCUGAGCUGCUGUCCUCUGCAUUACACACAGCGAAGGAUGGGAUUAAAGAAGGCAAACUUUACCCAUCAGAAUCUGUCAAACAAGUGGUACGUAAGCUGAAUGAGCUGUAUAAGGAAUGUGUGAGCUCUUGCCGCUCUCUCACUGAGAAACUCCAGCUUUUCUUCAGCAGUAAACAAAGACUGAUGGACCGCAUGAACAGCAUUACUGCUGAAAGACUCAUUUACACGCACACCAUUCACAUGGUACAGACUGCAGCACUGGAUGAAAUGUUUCAUCAUGGAGAAACAUCUGUAGAACGAUACCAUAAGGCCUUACUACUAAUGGAGGGGCUGUCCCUAAUCAUUACUGAGAAUGCAGACCUGAACAAUAUCAACAAAUGCAAGCAGUGUAUUGAACGACGUCUAUCCUCUCUCCAGCCCAGAGCAUGUGUGUGAUCAGAUCACAAGAAGACCAUAUUCGUUCCAAAGCUGUAGUAUGUGUAAACAUAUAAACCAUCAAUGACAUGGAUGCUCAUCAUUAAACCGUAUUAAAACUUGCUUAGAAUCUCAGUACCACUAAAUUACUCAGUACCACCAAUGUUUUGAUGAACUUUGCCUUCAUGAAUCUGCAUGAAUCUGAAGAAAUGGAAUGAAAAUUUGAUCUACUCUAUUUUAAGGGAAUACAUAAUCAUUUUAAACCUCUGUAGCUACCUCCCUCUCAAACGUUUCGUGAAACAUCAGCUGGUGGUAGACGGGUUGUAGUUUGUCAGUGAUAGACUACAGAGGUCUAAUGUGGCAGUUGACCAAAAUUGUGGCAAAUCUUUGUUGACCUACUGAUUAAGAUUAUCUGUUUCAUAUGUUGUCAUAUGAAGGUGGAAGAAAUACUUGAGAUUUGUAAUAUAUGAACUGAACUAUCAUACUGUUGUUCAUGUUUAUGUAAAACAGUGAAGCACUUUAUAAACCUAAUUGCCUUUUGGAUUCCUGAAAGCAAUCACUGAGGAGAAGACAAGCCUACAAUGUAAAAGCUAAUUUCUGUUUAAUUAGCUUCUGCUGAUAAGUCAAAGAAAAUGCAAUAAGACAAUAGUCAAUAUAUUUGUAUGUAGCACUUUGUAUUUAUAGUAGUCUGUUUUAGUCUUGCAUGAUAAUAUGUAUUGUACAUGUGAUUGUUUUAUUUUUCAAUUUGCACCAAAAUACUGCUCGAAAGAAACAGUUUAGGGGUAAAGCUUUAAGCAUCUAGGUGUUCAUCUUUUGCAAGUACACAGCUUUUGCACAUUUUGCUUGUAGAGAUUUGAAAGGUUUUCUUAGCUGGAUAUGAGACUCAUACUUUUCAAUUUUACUUUUGAAAGUUUGUCCUUAACUUGCACUAUUGUUGCAUCACCAAGACGUCUAUCAAAAUGUUUAGGAUGACGAUAACCCUAAAGGUCCUGUUUUAUCUUUCCCUCAGCUGUAACUGAUGUUAACCAGGUUUUCUUAUCAGGGUGUUUUAAGGCAUUUAGUCUGAAUUGCGUGUGGUCAAAUAAACUUUGAUAAAUGCACAGCAAUCUUUAUGAAAUUUGUGGUGAUUGUUAAAUUGAGGACAAUGAACCAUUUUGUAUAUGUUGUUACAGUAUUUAAGAUGUCUUUUCUGAUAUUUUUGUGUCUUUUACUUUCCAUUCAGAGCAGCCAAAAAUCAAAAGCAUGUGGGUGUGAUGGAAAUAAAUGUCACACAUUUUUAAUCCAUGUAUGUUCAUUUCUUUCACGUGCACAAAAUGUAUCAUGGCAAAUCUUUUUCUUCAACAAGUACUAGAAUUGUGAGUUCGGUGGUAUGCCAUUUUUACUCCUGCCCGAGUGCUAGACUACAAUUAGACACUUUUUACAGUCUUUGUUAUUUUUACACUAGAUUGCAAAUCUUGGUUGAAAUGUUGUUUCAAAUGUUUGUUGACAUGCCUAUCCUUUAUAAAUACGAUUUGUUUGGUCCAAUUUGUCAAACUACUGUUUCACCAAUUAAAUAAUUAUUUUA